UACCUAUUCACGAGACACAAGUAAAAGAAAUUGUCUACCUAAUAAGAAAUCCGAAACAAAUAUGGCUCCUUCUUCUUUAGCAAUUUUAUGCAUUUUACUAGCAAUUUUCAGUUUCUAUGGAUCAAAUGCUCAAUUGAGUGCUAAUUUUUACGCAACUACAUGUCCAAAUGUUUCAAGCAUUGUGCAAAAUGUUAUUCAGCAAGCUUUGCAAUCUGAUGCUCGUAUUGGGGCCAGCCUCAUUCGUCUCCAUUUCCAUGAUUGUUUUGUCAACGGAUGUGAUGCUUCGCUUUUGUUGGAUAAUAAUGCAACAGCAAAUAUAGUAAGUGAGAAAGAUGCAGCGCCUAAUGCUAAUUCCGCAAGAGGUUUCGAUGUUGUUGACAACAUCAAAUCUGCUGUUGAGAGUUCUUGCCCUGGUGUUGUAUCUUGUGCUGACAUUCUUGCUCUUGCUGCAGAAGCCUCAGUUUCAUUGGCAGGUGGACCUUCGUGGAAUGUUUCAUUAGGGAGAAGAGACAGCAGAACAGCAAACCAGGGAGGAGCCAAUACUUCUAUUCCUUCUCCUGUUGAAGGCUUAAGCAACAUUACAGCAAAGUUUUCUGCUGUUGGCCUUAACGUUACCGAUCUAGUUGCCUUAUCUGGUGCGCACACAUUUGGACGUGCCCAAUGUCGCGUAUUCAGUGCCCGCCUUAACAAUUUUAAUGGCACAGGAAAUCCUGACCCUACCUUAAACACAACUUAUUUGGCCAACCUAAGGCAAAUAUGUCCUCAAAAUGGAAAUGCCACAACCUUGGCUAACCUUGAUCCUACAACCUCGGAUAGUUUUGACAAUAAUUAUUUUGCAAAUUUGCAGAAUAAUCAAGGGCUUCUGCAAUCAGAUCAAGAGUUAUUCUCCACAGCUGGUGCAGCAACUGUCUCAAUUGUCAACACAUUUAGCAGUAGCCAAAAUACAUUCUUUCAAAGCUUCGUUCAGUCAAUGAUUAAUAUGGGAAAUAUUAGCCCAUUAACUGGGACCAAUGGAGAGAUUCGGUCAGAUUGUAAAAGAGUCAAUUGAAGCAAAAGUUUUGACUAAAGGUUCUUUUUUCUUUUUUUUUUUUUUUCUGAAGCAAAGUUUGUUAGGCCAAGUCAGCAAGUUUUAUUAUGAACAAAGUUCUUUGCUUUACUUAAGUCAAGUGUUGUUACUUCGUGGAACUUUGGUGUAUUUGUUACUUUGUUGUUAUCUAUCUUAAAUGGGAAAUUAAUUUUGA